CUACAAUCCGGUAGGUGGCGUUAAAUGAAACGUAAGUUCCUUUGCCAACCGCCAGCUACAUUUCAGGAAGAAGAAGAAGCUGCAGGUUAUUGCGCAUGCUUCUCCCACGGUUUUUCUUCAAGUUAACGUAAGGACGGCACAUUUUUAACGGUUGUAGAUGACGACUUCUUGGAGUGACCGUCUGCAGAACUGUGCUGAGCUACCAGCCAACAUGGACGGCAUGACUAUGAAGAGGUAUCGGCGCGAAGCUCACCAUAGCUUUCCGAGGGAUCUGGCUCAUCCUGCAAUGAGAGUGUUUGUCAAUCGAAGCCUGGCCAUGGAAAAAAUCAAGUGCUUUGGAUUUGACAUGGAUUAUACUCUUGCUGUGUAUAAAUCUCCCGAGUAUGAGUCGCUGGGCUUCGACCUGAUCGUGGAGCAUCUGGUAUCCAUUGGUUAUCCCCAGGAGCUGCUAAACUUUGUCUAUGAUCCCUCCUUCCCCACCAGAGGUCUGGUGUUUGACACCAUGUUUGGCAACCUGCUCAAAGUGGACGCCUAUGGCAACAUUCUGGUGUGUGCUCAUGGGUUCAACUUCUUGAGGGGACCUGAGAUCAGAGAGAUGUACCCCAAUAAAUUCAUCCAACGUGGAGAUACCGACCGCUUCUACAUCCUGAACACACUCUUUAACCUGCCAGAAACGUACCUCUUUGCUUGUCUGGUGGAUUUCUUUAGUAACUGUCCCAGAUACACAAGUUGUGAAUCUGGCUUCAAAGAUGGCGACCUGUUCAUGUCAUACAAGAGCAUGUUCCAAGAUGUGCGAGAUGCUGUGGACUGGGUUCACUUCAAGGGAUCCUUAAAAGAGAAGACCGUUGAGAAUCUGGAGAAGUAUGUGGCAAAGGAUCCGAAGCUCCCUCUGCUCCUCAGCCGCAUGAAUGAAGUAGCUAAAGUAUUUCUGGCCACCAACAGUGAUUAUAAAUACACUGAGAAAAUAAUGACCUACCUGUUUGACUUUCCUCAUGGUCCAAAGCCGGGCACAACUCACAGGUCCUGGCAGUCCUACUUCGACCUGAUCCUGGUGGACGCCCACAAGCCCGUGUUCUUUGGGGAGGGUACAGUUCUACGGCAAGUUGACUCCACCACAGGUCGGCUGAAGAUUGGCACAUACACUGGACCUCUCCAGCAUGGGAUCGUUUACUCUGGAGGAUCCUCAGACAUAGUUUGUGACUUGCUGGGUGCUAAAGGAAAGGACAUCAUCUACAUUGGAGACCACAUCUUUGGAGACAUUCUCAAGUCCAAGAAGCGUCAGGGCUGGAGAACCUUUCUGGUCAUACCUGAGCUGGCCCAGGAGCUUCAUGUGUGGACUGACAAGAGUGCCAUUUUUGAGGAACUUCAGUCACUUGACUGCUUCCUUGCUGAUCUUUACAAGCAUCUGGACAGCAGCAGCAAUGAGAGACCUGACAUCAGCUCACUGCAGAGGCGCAUCAAGAAAGUAACUCAUGACAUGGACAUGUGCUACGGCAUGAUGGGAAGCCUGUUUCGCAGUGGAUCCCGACAGACACUGUUUGCCUCCCAAGUGAUGCGGUACGCUGACCUGUACGCCGCCUCUUUCAUCAACCUGCUCUACUAUCCCUUCAGCUAUCUGUUCAGAGCUGCACAUGUACUGAUGCCUCAUGAGUCGACGGUGGAACAUUCACACGUCAAUCUGAUCGACACAGAGUCGCCGCUCGCCACCCGCAACCGCCGUGACUUUGACGUCAAAGAAAUGGAGAUCAAACGGCACCAGCUAACCCGGUCCGUCAGCGAGAUCCAGCCGCCUCACCUAUUCCCCCAGGCCCCACAGGAGAUCACCCACUGCCAUGAUGAGGAUGAUGAGGAAGAGGAAGGGGAGGAGUAAAAGGAAGCAAAUGAGCCUUCUCUCUUUUGCACAUUUUAUUUAAAUGUUCAAAGCUUACAUUUUUAUUCAACUUUAAACUAGCUGAGGGAUUUUCCCAUUUAGGAGAACACGUUCAGGUUUCAGGUGUCACCGUAAUCUGCUGUAGACCUACAUGGUCCUGGUCCAUGAACAGGUGGACAUCAUAAAGUGAGUUUGGAUCGAGUUGUUUCUAGUAGUUGUUCAAGAUUCAGACAUCAGAUGGUGCAGUAAAUGGAAAAUUGGAUCUGCUUUAAUCACGUUGUGUGUUUGAGUCUUUGUUCUGGUGGUUUUUGUUCAGUCAUCAGCUGCUCCACUGAGGUGGAGCUCUUUUUCACCGCCAUGUUUCUCUUACUGUUUUCUGCAUCAUUAUGCACGAGGCUGCCAGAUUGUAGAUAAAACGUCGAAGAACCUUUAUACUGUAUGCAAAUGUUUGGGACCACGUUCCUACAGCCUCAUGAAACUAUCCAACAGAUUUAGAAAUCGUUUAUGUAAAGGAACAGCAAUCAGCCACACCAGUAAAACCAUAUAUGGAUUGGAUCUGUCCUACUGGGUUCUUGUAGGUUAAAAGCCAAGAUCCAGAUGAAUGGUGGUGAUGAAAAUGUUACCCGUCUGUGGGUUUCACCUCGUGGCUGGUUGGUGUAUUUUAACACAGCUUUUAAAAACCAUAGAAAGUAUUGAAAUUAUGAGAGUGUGUUGCUCUGCCUGCAGGCACGCUGAGGAAGCAGCCGACCAUGCUGUGUUAGAGUUGGUUAACAGAACCCUAAACAGCUGCUGCGUGUCAUUAAACGGUUUAAAAAGUGCUGACUGCUCACUGGCUGUAAAGCCUGUAGUGGUGGGCAUCACAUGGUAACAGCUUAUACUUUCUUUUUCCUGACUUUCUGUGCUUCUGUUAGGACAUUUGGAUGAAGCUGGGUCAGGAUGUGGUCUGAUUGUGCAUCUCACAGACUCCAUCUGUAAAUAACUCUGUAAACAUCCGGAACUAAGUCUGCAGAAGUGUUUUUAGAUUUGUACUGGAAGUACAGAUGAAUUGUUGUAUGUUUUAGCUCCAGUUAAUUGUCCCUCCCAUGGAUCUGAUUUAAGGGUAAUAAGUUUGUCUGAAUGCUAAGAUGAACCCAUCAGAAGUUUGUGGCAAAUUUUCAAUCUUAUUGUUUUUUUAACUAGCUGACUUGCUGGUACUAAAUUUAGUCUUUUCCUCAUUUAGAUCAAUAGUACGACAAGAACACAGACUAGCAUUCAAAAUGUUUUUUUCCUAGCCUUCCUGUUGUCAUUAUUUCUGUUAGGAAUAGAGACAACUGUGUUCCUUUUUAAAUAGCCUCUAACAUGACAGUGCCUCGUCUGACUUCAUUUUUGUACACAAAAAAUACCUCACAUUGAGUCUUUUUUUCCUCAGUAACAACAUUUGUACUGAAGAGUGUCAUCAUUGUGACCUUGUAGUGCUAUCCCUAGUAGGUAUGGUGUGUUUCCUGUUAUUAAAAGAUCGGAUUUUUGAUUUGUCAGACCAGACACUGUAUCACUGGUCAGCACCAAUGAAGCUGAAAAUCAGCUGAUUCCAAUCAGCAGCUAGUAUUUGGAUUUUUUAUGUUGAAAAAUCCAGUCUUUAUAUGAAGGUUUUUUUUCUUUAUUGUUCCCUAAGCAAAGAUGUUGAACUGGAAUCAGCAUAUGUGGAUAUCAGACCGGGAGCAAAGGACUGGAAGUCCUUGGUUUGGAUUAAUAAUUACACUGAUAUAAUGGGGAUGGAGACCCAGUAGAGGCCAAAGGAGUUCCUAAACAUGAGAGCAUUUGUUCCAUUGGUCAUGAGGAUUACAUGAACCAGGUCAGGUUGCUUAAAUCUGACUGACAGUUUGAUUAUUAUAUUUGUCCAAAAUUGACCUCUAGUUCAGAAAUUUCCUGCCAUAAUAAGAAUCCAGUGCUCCCACACAGUAACAUAACAUAAACCCAGUAUUUGUCUCAUUGGAAACAUGUUUGUUGGGACUUUGUUGAUUUCCCAUUGCUGGUAACUGGGACUGAUGUGACCUGUCACUAGUUCUGUUGGCUGUGAGCUUGCUGACACAGUAAUUGGAGAAGUGUGUUAUGCUGUAAAGGAGCGUCUCUAGGAACCGACAUCAUCACUGAUACUGUCAUGGCUGGGCUGUAAAAGUGUGUUGGACUGCUGUUACUGAGGGACCUGACUGCUGCAGGGAUGUCACUGCAGGCAGAUAGUACCUGGACUGAAAGAGGCAAGUUCAUCACUCUGCUAUCCUGCUGAUGCUUAGAGCUUUUUCAGCCCUGUUGUAUGCUGGGAUGUUCAGCUGAUUGGAGUUCAGGAGUCGUAAUAAUCGGUUCCUGAGUAGAACAUUUUACUGCAGGGGAAACGUCCUGCUCAGAUAAGGAUUCAUUGUUUCUGCUUUACUUUUGUUACAGAGCGCUUUAGCUGCUGGGAAAUGACAAUUUAGAUAAAUCCUCGAAAGCCAAGUUAGCCAAAUCAUUGUUUUGUUGAUAAGAACCUGCUGCCUUUCAUGCCUGUGUUGAUGCUGCUUACUUUUAUUUUUUCUGUUUGUUGACAUAAUGUGUUGAAUUAUUUUAAUAAAGAUUCUCAUUUUAAAGGAA